GAUUUUCCUACAAAGCAUACGAUAAGACGGACGCAACGUUGCGGAUAUACCAAGGGAACAUCAGGUGGGCGCAGUAUCGCUUCUUUUCUUCGUUUAUUUUUGAUUUGUUUCUUUUUCACGACAUGGAUGAGCAAGAUAUCUUUUUCCUAUUUGAUUUGUCUAGUCUAUUGUUUCAUUUUUACUAACAGACACGGAGGUGCAUGGAUGGGGAUGCUGAUGGGACAUACGAGACGAAAUGGCGUCGCUGAUUUUUGUUUCCGCGCCGCCUGUCCUCGCUCUUUGACGGAUCUCCUUACAUCCACAUUUCUCAUAUUGUCUGCUUGUUUCGAGGCGUUGUUGCUGUUUUUAAGAGGUACCCCUGUCAUUUCGGCUUUUUGUUUGUUCUGUCAUUAGCGGCGUUUUCUCAUGGCGUUUCCUGAACUACUUCGAUAUUUUCCCGCGUCCGUUCGUCCAUCGCCCUGUCACCGCCGUUGUCGUCGCCGUCACCGUCG